UCUUUCUGGGGUCAAAUUGAUGAUUCAGGGGAGUCACGAGCUUGGUAUUGGGCCGCAGGACGCAGGACCUUGAAGAAUGCGGGCUACCUGCCCCACUUAGAUUUCUGCCCAGUAUCAUAUAUAUCUGCCGUUUUCUCUCGCCUCCACACCCUCGCCAUUAGCAAGCAAAACGAGCAACACCAAGGCGACAGACCACGAGGUCCCCCAGCGAAAAACCAGAAGGCCCCUUAAUCUUCCCUUCCCACACCAGACACAUAAACAGCGACUAUCAGAUAUCUACAACAAUGGCUGUCCGAGCACAAUUCGAGAACUCCAACGAGGUUGGCGUCUUCGCGACAUUAACAAACUCAUUCGCCCUCGUGGCGGUCGGCGCGAGCGAGAACUUCUACAGCGUGUUCGAGGCCGAGCUACAGGACGUGAUCCCAAUUUGCAGGACGACGAUUGCGGGCACACGCAUCAUUGGGCGGUUAACGGCUGGCAACCGGAAAGGCCUGCUCGUCCCCACCUCCACAACCGACCAGGAGCUCCAACACCUACGCAAUAGUUUGCCCGACGCGAUCAAGAUCCAGCGCAUCGAGGAGCGGCUGUCGGCGCUAGGCAAUGUCAUCGUAACCAACGACCACGUGGCGCUGGUGCACCCGGAUCUGGAGCGCGAAACGGAGGAGAUCAUCGCGGACGUGCUGGGGGUGGAGGUGUUCCGGCAGACGGUGGCGGACCACGUGCUGGUGGGCUCCUACAUGGCGCUCAGCAACCAGGGCGGGCUCGUGCACCCCAAGACGAGCAUCCAGGACCAGGACGAGCUGAGCAGCCUGCUGCAGGUGCCGCUCGUGGCGGGCAGCGUGAACCGCGGGAGCGACGUCAUCGGCGGCGGCCUGGUGGUCAACGACUGGAUGUCGGUCACCGGGCUCGACACCACCGCGCCCGAGCUCAGCGUCAUCGAGAGCGUCUUCCGGCUCGGCGAGGGCGCCGCGCCGGGGGCGGUCAAUACCAGCAUGAAGGAGACCAUGGUGGAGUCGUUUUACUGAGCGGCGAGGCGAGUGGCGGGGCCGGUCUUGGUUAAUUAAACUAACUAACCUUUCAGGCCUGCACGAGACGGGCAUGACAAGGUUGGAUUCGCACGAUUUCGAGUGCGUUUUGGUGGCCAAACGGGCGUAUAUGUCGAGCUCGUUGGCUGUCUUGGUGGGGGUAUCAUUGAUAGAUCGAAUAGAUCGAAUAGAUCAUUGCCCUCCCACUUCUUUCGAUGG